GUCCGACUCCAGGGGAACGUCAGUAUGACUUUCAUGCAGACAUCUUCACAAGUAAUAAUGUGUCAGUCGCAGACAGUGUUGAGGCGACUCUCUCAAGCCCAAAUAUUCAAUCUGAGAAUCCCACAGAAACAAUCAUGACAGAAGCUUUUUCUAACAGGCCGCAUGUUGCCACUGAAUCAGCCCCUCUUGUCACUAGCUCACUCCCCUCAUAUAAGGGUGGAGGAGAAAUGAAGGAAGUAAGAACGAAAUCACCAUCAUCAGUUAUCACACCGCCACUUUUUGCAGGCACGAUCUCAUCCCCAGAAGUCUGCAGAGCAAAACAGGAGCAGGAGCAGAAAGAAAAGGCAGAAUCAGAGGAUUUAUCUGCACCUCAGAAAGAUCCAGCUUCAAACCUGACCUUAAUUACUAGCAGAAUAGUAAAGGGAGAAGAACUGAACACUACUGACUUUGACGCUAAGUUGGAUAAUACUUCGGCCGGUGAGGCAAGGGAAAAAGUGAAAAUGGGUGAACAUCUUGAAGUUGUUUCUCCUAAAGUAAAUGCAAUACAACUUCCACAAGCAGGAGGAAAUGAAAGAGCAGAGACAGAUUAUGGUGAUGAAGAGUUAAAGCGGGAGGAGGAAGAUUUGAAACAUCCAACAAUGGAAGCUACAGUCUCUGACAAUGAGGAUGUCAAACCUCACCAUCAGUCCUCAUCUGAUUUAAUCUUUCAAUUUAAUUCUGGGGUCCAAUCCCAGACUGAAACGCCACAACAGGCUGUUCAAGCAGCCAAUCAGGCUUCAGACAUCAAAUACAGACAAGUACAGGCAAAACCCAGACCAGGAAUCAGAGGUCAAAGGGGACUGCCAGGGCCACCAGGAACUAAAGGAGACAAAGGCUACCAGGGCGUCAUGGGCAGAACCGGGCAGACAGGAUACAGAGGCCCUGUUGGGCCACCUGGGAUGUCCACCAUUGUUGUGUUCAAAACCUCUGAAGAAGAGUGGGAGGCUUUCAAGAAAAAAAAAUUCUACAAAAAGCUUGUAUCUUCUUGGCCGAAACGUAAAGGACCUCCAGGCCCACCUGGACUUCCUGGAGAAGAGGGACCAGUUGGGCCACCUGGUAUUGCUGGAAAGCAAGGACCAAAAGGAGUUCCAGGAAAAACUGGGAGACCUGGACCACAAGGUAUGCCGGGUCCACAGGGUCGACCUGGAGAAGACGGCACCCCAGGACGAGAUGCUGAUGCCGGCCCUACAGGCUUCCCUGGAGAACAGGGUCUUAAAGGUUACGGUGGGGAGAAAGGAAGCAAAGGGGAGCUGGGUGAGUGGGGUUAUCAGGGAGAAACUGGAGCUCAGGGGCAAAGAGGAAGAAAAGGAGCAAAGGGAAAUAAGGGAGCCCAAGGAUUUGACGGGAUUCCCGGCUAUAGUGGUAUACCUGGAGUCAGGGGACCUCGUGGUUCCCCAGGACCACCAGGACCUCUGGGAGAAAUCGGAGCUCCAGGCUUUAGCGGUCCUCCCGGUCCACCUGUAAGUCAGUAA